AUGGCUGGCAACUCCACCGGCGACCUCCACGCUCCAGGGCAGCAGCUGAGCGUCGCUGACAUCAUCAUCAUCACCGUGUAUUUUGCCCUCAACCUGGCCGUGGGCAUAUGGACCUCUUGUCAGGCCAGCAGGAACACGGUGAGCGGCUACUUCCUGGCAGGCCGGGACAUGAGGUGGUGGCCGAUCGGAGCCUCCCUCUUUGCCAGCAGCGAGGGCUCUGGGCUUUUUAUUGGACUGGCAGGCUCGGGUGCAGCUGGAGGCGUGGCUGUGGCAGGCUUUGAGAUGCAUGCCACAUACGUGCUGCUGGCAUUGGCGUGGGUGUUCUUGCCCAUCUAUAUAUCUUCAGAGAUCAUCACCUUGCCUGAAUACAUUCAGAAGCGCUUCGGAGGCCAGCGGAUACGCAUGUACCUGUCCGUCCUGUCCCUGUUGCUGUCCAUCUUCACUAAGAUAUCGAUGGACCUGUACGCUGGGGCCCUCUUUGUGCACAUCUGCCUGGGCUGGAAUUUCUACCUCUCCACCACCCUAACGCUCGCCAUCACCGCCCUAUACACCAUUGCAGGGGGCCUGGCCACUGUGAUCUACACGGACGCCCUGCAGACUCUCAUCAUGACGGUGGGGGCUGUCAUCCUGACGGUCAAAGCUUUUGACCAGAUCGGCGGUUACGGGCAGCUGGAGGCAGCCUAUGCCCGGGCCAUCCCCUCUAGAACCAUUGCCAACACCACCUGCCACCUGCCUCGUGCAGACGCCAUGCACAUGUUCCGAGACCCCUACACGGGGGACCUCCCGUGGACUGGAAUGACCUUUGGCCUGACCAUCAUAGCCACCUGGUACUGGUGCACCGACCAGGUCAUCGUGCAACGGUCACUGUCCGCCCGGGACCUGAACCACGCUAAGGCGGGCUCCAUCCUCGCCAGCUACCUCAAGAUGCUUCCCCUGGGCCUGAUAGUCAUGCCAGGCAUGAUCAGCCGUGCACUGUUCCCAGAGGCUGUCCUGGUCACUGAGGGUCACAAAGUCCGUCCCUCUCGCGCAGAUGACGUGGGCUGUGUGGUGCCAUCCGAGUGCCUGCGGGCCUGCGGGGCUGAGAUUGGCUGCUCCAACAUCGCCUACCCCAAGCUGAUCCUGGAACUGAUGCCCGUAGGUCUGCGAGGGCUGAUGAUCGCAGUGAUGCUGGCCGCGCUCAUGUCGUCGCUGACGUCCAUCUUUAACAGCAGCAGCACGCUCUUCACCAUGGACAUCUGGAGGCGGCUGCGGCCCCGCGCUGGCGAGCGGGAGCUGCUGCUGGUGGGACGGCUGGUCAUCGUGGUGCUCAUCGGCGUAAGUGUGGCCUGGAUCCCCGUCCUGCAGGGCUCCAACAGCGGGCAACUCUUCAUUUACAUGCAGUCAGUGACCAGCUCCCUGGCCCCCCCGGUGACUGCAGUCUUCAUCCUGGGCAUCUUCUGGCGGCGUGCCAAUGAGCAGGGGGCCUUCUGGGGCCUGAUGGCAGGGCUGGCGUUGGGCGCCACGAGGCUGGUCCUGGAAUUCCUGUACCCGGCCCCACCCUGUGGUCACUCCGACGUGCGGCCCGCCAUCCUCCACAGCAUCCACUACCUGCACUUUGCCGUCGCCCUCUUCAUGCUCAGCAGUGCUGUUGUGGUGGCCGGGAGCCUGCUGACUCCGCCCCCCCAGGGUGUUCAGAUCGAGAACCUUACCUGGUGGACCCUGGCUCGGGACCUGCCCUUGGGAGCCAAAGCAGGUGACGGCCAACUGCCCUGGAAACAUGCCUUCUGGGCCCGUGCCUGUGGCUUCAACGCCAUUCUCCUCCUGUGCGUCAACAUCUUCCUCUACGCCUACUUCGCCUGA